CAAGGGCAUUUGUGUUCACCAAUUCAUAAGACUGCGAGCCGCAACCCCACUCCCCACCUUCUCCUUUCUCAUAUCAUCCCUCCAUUCUUUCUUGAACCUUCCAGAACCUUCAUUCCUCUCUCCCUUUCUCACUCUUUCUCUUCUUUCUCUCUCCUCCAACUUGCCCAAGAAACUUCCCUCCAUUUUAUUAUGCUUCAAGAGAUGAAUCCUCUGUUUCCAAUCAAGGAAGAGUUUCCGGGAUCCAGUUCGUCGGAUGUCGACGGCGAACGAUCGGCUGUUUUGACUCCUCCGGUCCCGAUGGAGGGUCUUCACGACGCUGGUCCACCGCCGUUUUUGACUAAAACCUUUGAAAUCGUUGAUGAUUUUAAUACUGAUCAUGUAAUUUCUUGGAGCUUUAGUGGGACUAGUUUCAUCGUUUGGGAUCCCCAUUGUUUCUCCACUCAAUUGCUUCCGAGAUUCUUUAAACAUAAUAACUUUUCUAGCUUCGUUCGUCAACUUAAUACUUACGGAUUUAGAAAGAUAGACCCAGAUAGAUGGGAGUUUGCAAAUGAGGGGUUUAUCAGGGGCCAAAAGCAUCUUCUUAAAAACAUAAAGAGAAGAAGAACAACAAGUUAUCAUCAUCAUCAAACUCUUCAAUCACAAGGAGCUAGUGGAGCUUGUGUAGAAGUUGGUCAAUUUGGAGUUGAUGCUGAAAUGGAUCGUUUGAAACGUGAUAAACAAGUGCUGAUGAUGGAGUUAGUGAAGCUAAGGCAAGAGCAACAGAACACAAGAGCUUAUCUUCAAGCAAUGGAGCAAAGGCUUAGAGGAACUGAAAUUAAGCAAAAACAAAUGAUGAAUUUCUUAGCAAGAGCUAUGAAAAACCCAUCUUUUAUUCAGCAGUUAAUUCAACAGAAGGAAAAAAGAAAAGAGCUUGAAGAAGCCAUAACUAAGAAAAGGAGAAGACCCAUUGAACAAGCUGGCCAACAUAAGUGUGGUGGUGGUAGUGGAAGAAGAUUCUUAGGUGAAGGCUCAAACACUAUUAAGAUCGAACCAUUAGAAAAUGAUGAAUAUGGGUUUGGAAUAACAGAGCUAGAAGCACUUGCUUUGGAGAUGCAAGGGCUUGGCAAAACAAGAUAUGAAGAUGGGGAGGAAGAAGAAGAAGAAGAUGAAGAAGAUAACGACAAUCUACUUCCAUCAGAAGAUGAAGAUAAAGUACUUGAUGAAGGGUUUUGGGAAGAAUUGUUCAGUGAAAGGUUGGAAGAAGCUAGAAAUGAAGAUGAACAUGUGAAUGUUUUGGCUGAUAGGUUGGGCUAUUUGGGCUCAAGCCCACCAUAGAAACUCACAAUGAGCUUCAUGGUUUGAGUCAAAAUGAGUCCCUUUAAUGAGUCCCUUUUUGAACACGAAGUUCAAAAAACCAGCUAUCCCACUUGGGCCUUUUGGGGGGGUUUUGAUCUAAACUAAACCAAAACCCCAUUUAUAACCUUUUCUCUUGGUUUACAUAUGGCAGGACAAAGAAGAUGAAAAAAAGAUCAGUGAUAUCAACAGGGACACAUGAUUAAACAAAACAUCCUUUCCUCUUCUCUGUUUUUGGCUUAAUCUUUCUUUCUAACCCUAAAAUAAAAUGUUGAUGAAUUUCCCUUUUACCCCUACAGCGACCACUUCCUCAUAUUCUCUUCUACUGUGGCUUUGUUAGGUUUGCAGGAAUAUCUAAUCUGGUUGGGACUCAGUUCUGUGUUAUUCCUGUUAGUGAGGGCCUCAAGGUUUUGGUUGGUUUCUGUUUUUUCUAAUGUACAUCUCUUUAAAUUUACCCUUUUCCAAGUUCAUGUUUUUGUAUUUAUACUUCCAUUUCGAUAUAAACAAAUGUAGAUCACUCACACCAAAGCUCUCAAUCAAAUUGGAAAAGAUCUGUUGCUGAAUCCCUUGAAGAAUCGAAUUACAAGCUGUGUUUCGUGCACUUGGUUCAUCAUAAUCGCCUACAAGCUUAUUCCAACCAACAUCUGCAUAUGUUUACCAAAAGGAAUCUAUCAAGACAAAUGCUUUGACUUGUGGUAUUUGUGGUGUGAUCACAGAUCGAGUUUGUUUUUGUUGGAUCUGUAAUCAAAUCUUGGAAUAUCGAUCUGUGACGAUACUUAAUCUGUCAAUAGUGACAUGAUGAUAUGACGAUGAUUAACAGAUAAAUAAUGUCAUCGAACUUUGCCCGACAUGGUAAAGAAAAAUUCGGAAGAAUUAUGGUUUGACAAAAUGGAACAAACGAGAUUUUAUUGUAAGAGUGAUCAAGUUUGUCCAUCAUCUGUUUUCUUUUUA